CCGCGCUGCAAUAUUAAUCGUUAAACUCUGGGCGGGUCAAUCCCAGCUCUGGCUUCCCCAGCUCCGUGAAACGCUAAGGGCUGGCGGUGGCAAAGGGGUUCCCACAGCCUCCUGCCUUGCGCGGGCAGAACUGGGCACGGGCAGGCACUCCAGGCACCCUUAUGGCCGAGGACGCCUCAAGGUGACAGAUGUGGAUGCAGAGCCGGAGUAGAUGCCCUGCUGCUCCCGUCCCUGCACAGGCAGUCAGUCGUCCUGCUCCUGGGAGGGCAGGUGGUUGACAUGGCGAUGCCUGGCCCUUGGUUGCUCCUCGCCCUGGCUUUGACCCUGACCCUGACCGGCGUCCCCGGUGGCCGCGCUCAGCUGGAGGCGGACCAGCAGGAGGCAGUGACGGCCGCUGAGCGCCCUGGCCUGGACAACCUCCUGCGCCAGGCGGAGCGCCUCCUUUUCCUCCGGGAAAACUUCCGGCGACUACAAGGGGAUCAGAAUGAGCACUCAGAGUCCCAGAUCAUUCAACCCAACUGGCUCUCCAAGCGUCAGCACCCAGGAAAAAGGGAGGAGGAGGCAGAAGAGGGAGUUGGAGAAGAGGAAGAAGAAGAAGGAGGGGCUGUGGGACCCCACAAACGGCAGCACCCUGGCCGACAGGCAGAUGAGGCAUCGUGGUCAGUUGAUGGAAGUCAGCACAAGCGGCAGCACCCUGGCCGACGCUCUCCUUGGCCUGGGUAUGCUGUCACCAAGAGGCAGCACCCAGGCAGACGGCUGGUGGAGCCUAAGGCCCAAAGGAACUGGGAGGAGGAGGGGUUGGAGGGAGAGGAAGAACUGAUGCCUGAGAAGCGCCAGCACCCAGGCAAGAGGGGCCUGGGAGGCCCAUGUGGCCCCCAAGGAGCCUGUGGUCAAGCAAGCCUCCUGCUGGGGCUCCUGGAUGACCUAAGCAGGGGACAGGGAGCUGAGGAAAAGCGGCAGCAUCCUGGGCGGCGGGUGGCCUGGGUCAGGGAGCCCCUGGAGGACUGAACCCUGUUUCCUGUAAAUUUGGGUUUGGGGUCUAAGAAUGUCUUAAGCCCUGUGUGCCCUACCCCUUCGUGACCCCCACUUUUCCUCCUCCUUAGACCCCUGACAUAAAACCUGUGUCCCCUCAUUAUAGACACACGUCUCAGCCCCUGGCCUUGACCCCUUUAAGGACAUGAGAAAGCCAGCCACUUUGCACCACAUGCAGGGAGGCAGAUCCCAGAGCCCCUCUCCUUCUCACCCCCACAGGCCUGCUACCCUUCCUUAGCCCUGAUUAAGAUGGUCCUUCUGUGUCUUCUAAGAGAUCCUCCAGUGGGGCAGGGUGCCUCUGGGGAGAGCAGCCAGCUGGGGGGUGAUUGAAGCUUUGAAGUCCAAAUCCAGCCUCUCCCCCCUGCCCUAUGUGGCAGGAAUGCACCAAGUAUAAACUCCACCCCUGGACCCAGAAUCUCCUCUUUGUGAGCAUUCUUUCUGGAGUGGGCAGAGCCCUGACCCCCGCUGCUGGGGGAAGAUCCUGUGUAAGUGGAGAUACCCUGUGGUGCUCUCUGUGCAGUGGAAUAAAUGUAUGUUGAAUAUGCAGGAUUAUGCAGAUGUUUCUCUGGAAGUCACAGCUGUGUGUGAUCCUCUAGGCCCCUUCCCCCUUGGCAGUGAUAGUCAUCCUAGUGAUAAUAAAACAUGAAUCUGAUA